AUGGCAUCACGAUGGGCAAAUGACGAAGCAGAUAAGGCAGAGGAACAGCGCCGCAAAAAGGAGAAGGAAGACAAGAAACGUCUCAAACUUCAAAAACAGCAGCAAGCAGAAGAAGUAGCCCGAAAAUCACAAGCGCCACAGGAAGCAGAGUCACGGGCUGCAAAGAGGCGGCGUCUGUCCAACGACAAUGAAGAUACAGAAACACUGGUUACCAAAGAAUCGGUACUAGAAGCGCCCAGAGAACUCCUUAGAUUCGAUGUUGGAGGCUGGUCCCCUUGCCGUCACACCUCAAACUUCGAAACUCUCAAUCAUAUUGAAGAGGGCUCCUACGGCUGGGUGUCGCGCGCACGCUCCAUUAUCAGCAACGAGGUCGUUGCGCUUAAAAAAGUCAAAAUGGACUACAAUCAAGACGGUUUCCCUAUCACCGCCCUACGGGAAAUCUCCAUCCUUCACAAAGCACGCCAUGCCAAUAUUGUAGAUCUCAAGGAGAUAGUGGCAGGCGACGAACCACAGGAAUGCAUACUAGUCAUGGAGUUUCUAGAACACGAUUUAAAAACACUACAGGAAGACAUGUCGGAACCUUUUCUAGCAUCAGAGGUGAAGACACUAUUGAGACAGUUGACAGGUGCAAUCGAAUUCCUACACGAAAACUACAUUCUCCAUCGCGAUCUCAAAACCUCAAACAUCCUUCUCAACAACCGAGGUCAUCUCAAACUCGCAGACUUCGGCAUGGCACGUUACAUUCCCCCUCCUAGCCACUCAGCUUCCCAUCUAACUCAACUCGUCGUCACACUCUGGUACCGCGCGCCAGAACUCCUCCUCGGAACUGAGACAUAUAGCACUGAAAUCGACAUGUGGAGUCUAGGCUGUAUAUUCGGCGAAUUACUCCUCAAAGAGCCUUUAUUCCCGGGAAAAAAUGAAGUCGAUCAACUCUCACUCAUCUUCUACCUCGCCGGUCUGCCGUCUGAAAAGACCUGGCCGGGAUUCUAUCGACUCCCCAACGCGCGCUCGCUCAAAAUACCCCGUGAACACCAGCAUCUGAAUGCGAAUUCAGGCUUUAACCGUGCCAAGUUCCCCUUUUUAACAGCAUCGGGUAUCGAAUUACUCUCGUCCUUAUUGUCGCUUAAUCCAGAGGCAAGGCCUAAUGCAAAGGAGGUUCUGGCCCAUCCAUAUUUCAAGGAACAGCCUAAACCUAAACCAGAGGAAAUGUUUCCGACAUUUCCAAGUAAAGCUGGGCAGGAGAAGCGGCGGAAGAGGAGUCCCAAUGCGCCGAAGAGGGGGGAGAAGGGGGGUACAGUGGCGAAUGUGGAUUUCAGUGGGAUCUUUGGGGCAAGGGGGGAGGAGAGGGGUGCGGGCUUUAUGUUGAAGAUGGCUUGA